AAAGAAAAUGGCGGCCCGGUUGCAUAGCGUCUGCCUGCAUCAAUUUUUAUUUUAAAAUUGAUUAAGAAAUGUGUAAAUGAUUGUUAAAUAGUGUUAAACAUGAUGGAAACACCGAAUACGUUAAACAGCGGCAUGUGCCGAUGCUGCUCGUCGGAAGGCACGUUCAAAGACAUCAAAACGCAGUAUCAUUGGAUGGGAGAAGAAGAGGUUUAUGCAGAAAUGUUGACCGAUUGUUUUGAUAUCAAGAUACAGACUCCGGAAGACAUGGACAAUGGCAUCUGCGAGGUGUGCAUCACGCAGCUGCGGAACGCUGUGAACUUCAAGAAACAGGUGCUGCACACAGAAGAACAGUUCAAGAGGAGACUUCAGGGACGUGAUGUUAAAAACCCUAUCAAAAUUGAAUCAGCGGAGGACCCUAUAGAUUCUGAUCACCUCUCUGACCCAGACUUCACAGAAGAAUACGAAGUCCCCAUCAAACAGGAGUUGGAAGAGAAGCCGAAAGCCAAGAAACGCCAGGCCAAGUCCGCCACGCCGCGCGCCAAGAAAGCCAAGACCGAUGCAGAGUCGUCCCAACGUGUCGCACGAAGAACUAGGAUUAUCACAAUCGAUGCAACUAAUCAAAAAGCGGGUAUCAAGCUUGCUAUAUCACCGAACGUCUUGCGACUGCCCAAGGGCGGCCCCAGUGAGACGAGGAAGAACCUGCAUAAUCUAGACGUUCCACGUCAGACACCAGUCGUAAAGAUGGGACCUCUUAUUACGUCAGCUGAAAAAAAACUGCCCAAUAUCAUAUCGACUUCGCGUCUUAAGCAAUCGACAUCUGUAAUCAAAGCAAAGAAAAAACCAAGUCAGCCAAAGACAAGCAAAGGGAGUGAAGUGUUUAAAAAUCAGCAAAAUUUAGAAAUCAUUCUACGUCAUUCCAACGCGACACCGACACUUGGCCACCGCGGUAUCGGCUAUGCCUGCUUCUUCUGCUCUAUACAAUUCCCCGACCCGGCCGACCUCAAGAGACAUACUUUAGAAUUCCACGAUGAUAACACGCGAGAUCCUACUUUGCCACCGCUAAGAUUUGAAAUAUUAUCAGUUAAAGUAGACAUCACUAAUUUAAAAUGCACAAUUUGUUUUAAAAGAUACGCCCAACUUUCUGACUUACUGCACCACUUGCGGGUGGACCAUGAUCAACCCAUUCACGCUGAUGCUGAAAAAUACUUGUUACCUUUUAGAUUCGACAGUGAUCGUCUAACAUGUGCAGUAUGCGACACAGAAUAUACGGUUUUCAAAAAGUUACUAGAACACAUGAAUAUCCAUUAUAGAAAUUACAUUUGUGACAUUUGUGACUCAGGUUUCGUUACUAAAUUAGGCCUUCGGUGUCACAAAAGAAGUCACGAGUACGGUGAUUAUCAGUGCGACCAAUGCCAAAAGGUCUACAAUACUAUGGUGGGGUUGAGAUAUCACAUUCGCUGCGCCCACCAAGGUCAUGAUAAGAGGCACAAAUGUGCCUAUUGCGGCGAAAGAUUUUCGGGUCUAAUAAUGAAAACUAAUCACCAAAAAAAAGCUCAUGGAGUUGCUCCCACGUUAGCCAAGUGCAAGGCUUGUGACAAAACCUUCCGAAGCAACAAAGGCCUAAGUGAGCAUUAUAAGGUACACCAUUUAAUGAUAAAGAAAUUCAAGUGUUCAUAUUGUGAUAUGGCGUUUCCGACAAACGGGGAUUUAAGAGAUCACACGGUGAAACACACCGGCACUCGAAAUUUCAAAUGCGAUAUUUGCCAGAAAGCAUACGGUAGAAAGGUCACACUAGUACAGCAUAUGAGGAGCCACAACAAUGUCCGCAGCCACAAGUGCACCCACUGCUCGAUGGCGUUCGUUCAAAAAUGCACUUUAGAAUCACACAUGCGCUCGAAACAUGGGAUCGAAAAAAGAUCGAAAUGAUUUAAUUAGCCAAUAUAUAUUGUCAAAACAAAUAGCAAGAUGCGGUUAUAACAUACGAUAAUAUCGUUAUCGAACCAUUACCUUACCAAUUGUACCGUUAAAUUGGUUAAAAAUAUAACAUUUUGUAUUUAUUUAGAAUUUAUUUUUAUCCUAAGCAUUUGCUGCAUAAAGAUACCAUGUGUGAAAAAUCGAUAGGAAAUUGACUUCGAAAGCUUGAACACGCCAAAACGAAGGCACACAUUUUUGCCACGGGGGUGGUUUAAUUUGAUUUGUUUGCUUAAAUUAAAAUCGCUAUAGCAUGAGGAACAUAUGAUCCUAAAUAGUUGUCAAUUUUAUAAUUAGUUUUCAUGAUAACGAACUUUAAGCAAUGAUGACGGAGCGAAAUCACUUUGCACCUUGGAAAAUUCGAUUAGGCUAAAGAUAUUUGUGAAAAUAUUAAUAUAUCAAGAAUCUAUUAGUUUUUAUAUUUAUGAAAUGUUGCGGAGACGUUAAUCAAUGGAAAGAACCAAAAAACAGAAAAACACGAGAUUGAAAUUAAUCAAUCAAUAAAAUCAACAUGAUAAACUAUAAUAUUUUGAACUAUAUUCAAUAUAUAUUUCGCUCCAAUAAACCUUUGUUUUCUAUUUAUUUGUAAUUUUAUGUGCCCAAAUUUUGGCGAGUUCAAGCUUUAUCUGCUUGAGGAAGUUCGAUAGGAAUGUUAGGCAUAAGCGUAACUAUAGGAUGGUACUGCGGGCAAAAUGCUACAGACCUGGGAGCCUGAGAGGAUCCCCAAAAGCCGUGAGAAGAAACGUUAGUCGUAGAAAGAAACUAUCAUUUUGUACAAAAAUAGGUGGUGAGGGCACCGAACUCCGGUUGGUAAAGUUGCGGCAUUGAUAUUAGAUGAAAAAGUCAUUAUGCGAUCCUUAAAUCCGCUUCGAUGACAUGCAAUUCUCAUAAUUUAGUCGAUAUUUAGCCGUCUGUUAAUGUGUCAAAAAUUAAAUAACUAACUUGCAAAAAUGUACUGUAAGUUGUUCAAUAUACACAAAUACGAUUGUUUUGUAUGAUUGACUUUUAUUAUCAUCACUUUUAUAUUAUUUUGGAAUACAAACUCGACAUGGUAAAUAACAAAUAACAAUUGGUGUAAGGGCAUGCGAACUUUAGGCUCUAAGCUGUGCUAUUGGAAGAGACGGUUGGAUGAUACAAUGUAGGUAUCUGGUUGAAGAAGACUCAGUGCCAUGCUUGCAUAUGGUGGUAGUCAUAAGACUCAUAAGUUAAUUUAAUUGAGGUCAUUAAGAUACUACAUUCAUGUCGUCAGCGCAUGACAUGCUGUCAUCAUUUAACACUUAAGAAUACCCGUUGGUUCAAAACAGAAGUGUAGGUACUUAACAAAGCCACUUCGGGAUGAAAAUUAAAUAUACUGUAAACUCCUAGUUUUAAGAAAUAGCCAAUUUAAAUUUAUGAAAAAAACCUCUUUCCCUUGCCAAUUCGAUAAGCCUAGCACGUCAUACUCUGGUGGAAAUAUAAGUUAAUUAGCCAC